AUGUGGGCCAAUCCUUCGAAAGAGCUCAGUCGGCUUGCGCUGGCCUGCAGGAAGAAGACCGGAACCUGGCAGGAAGCCGUCUCAUUUCUCACCGCUAUGCAGGGCAGCAAGGAGAUGCCCGACCAGAAAGCCUGGGGAGCUUUGAUCAGUGCUUGCGUGGCCGGUCAAGCUUGGCCGGUGUCGCUUGCCCUGUUGGAGGAAGCUUCAAGUCCACAGCAAAGCCGACCUGACAUCACUUCGCCCAUGGCAGACACCAUGAUGUUCAACGACACUAUGGCUGGUGCGAUGAGGCAAAAGCAGUGGCCCGUCGUUGUGGCACUCUUCGAAAGGCUCCGCGAUGCUCCGGAUGGUAUGCCCCGUCCCAAUGUGGCCUCCUACGCGCUGGCUCUGAAAGCCUGCGAGCAAGGCGAUCUUUGGCCAGCGGGGUUCGGACUGCUACAACAGAUGAGGGAUGUGGCCGUGCACCCAAACACCGUCACCUACAACACCUUCAUCAGCCUUUGCACACAGGCCAACCGCUGGGCCGAUGCCGUGGCGGCGCUACAUCAGCUCCAUGAGGAUGCUCUCAGGCCAACCGUGAUCACCUACGGCUCUCUUAUUGCUGCCUGCGGCAAGGGCAGUGAGGCGACGAAGGCUUUGAGAUUCCUGCAAGAGAUGGAGGCAGCAAAGCUGCAGCCCAGCGUCCCGGCCGUCACUUCGGCCAUCCGGGCAUGUGAGCAAGGCGGACUGUGGCAGGAUGCUCUUCGCCUCUUCGAUGGGCUGAAGACGGAGGAGGGCUUGCCACCCGACCUCAGGGCCUACAACGCCACGUUGAGUGCCAGCGAGAAAGGAGCCAAGUGGGGUGAAGCUCUGGAGGUCUUAAAGGAGUUGGAAGAGGGCGCCGAUAGCUCCGGCCGGCUCAAGGUGAAGCCUCCAAAACCUGACGCUAUCAGCUACAAUGCCAUCAUCACGGCUUGUGGCAACGGCUUGCGCUGGGACCUCUCCCUGAUGUUCUUGCAGCGGCUUCGGGAUGCCGCUACCGGCGUGGUAGCGGAUGUGAUCAGCUUCAAUGCUACGGCCUCUGCCUGCGAGCGGGCGAGCCAGUGGUUGAGAGCGCUGGCACUGCUUGACGACCUGCUUGAGGAUGGAAUCCAGCCGGAUGUCAUUUGUUGCAACACCUUGAUCGGCGCAUGUGCGACAGGCUUGAACUGGCAGCACGCUGUGGCCAUGCUACAGAGGAUGCCAGAGCUGAAGGUCGAGUCCGAGCAGCUCAGCUACCGUGCAGUGCUCCUGGCAGCUGCAAGGGCAGAUGCUUGGUCCAAGGCCUUGGUCCUGCAGGACGACAUGCGCUCUGCAUCGCUUCUGCUUGAUUCAGCCUGUCACAGCACUCUCCUCAUGGUUUGCCAGCAGCACGACCUGGGGCCCCUUGAGGAGCAGUUGUUGCAGGAACUGGCGGCAGAAGGCCUGCAGGGCCCGGAGGCGGAGGCUUUCUGGUGCGCAGCAAAAGCUGCUGCUGCAGCGACGCGAGCCAAGUCGGCAGACCUGCCGAGGCACAUGGAGUUGCUGAAAACCUCGGCAGAAGCUUGGAGCCCGCGGCCGGCGAGGUUGUCAAACAAGGAGCUGGAGCUGCUGCGCUAUGUGUUGUUGUCCGCAACACCUGGAGAUGUGGACUCGGUUUGCGACAUGAUCGAGCGCUUCGGCACAGAUGUUCUCCAAGGUGGCCCUGUGACGGGGCGAUGGUUGAAAAUCGCGGGGUGCGACAAAGCUGAG